AGUCACUUUCACAUGUUGCCGACAUAACGCCUCUCAGAAUGGAAAGCGACUCGACAGGUCGCACGAGGACUGGAAUAUGUCAUCUUUAAAUUACUUCCUGGUUAUUAUGAUAUAUCACGGCUAUGAUAAUAGGCUGAUCAUAUAGACUAAAGGCAGUAUAUCCUCAACAAGCAUCACAAGUUCCUUGAAGUGUUAGAUGUCCUUGCACUGCAUACCAUGUGAAAAACAGGAAUAGAGGUUAUCUUCCUCAAUGGAGACGCUUAUCCUAGAGUUGUCACGAGCGAUACAUAUAAAGAAUUACCCCCGCAGACUUAACCAAGCAUUAACGUAGAGCUAUGGAGACGUGUACAGAGCAGGGUAGUCCAGGUGCUUCAGAACCAGUGUCAUGUUCCCCUUGGGCAGUGGUACUGAACCAAGACCAGUCUUCCUCCGACUCUGGCAAUGACAAGGACUGUGCUACACACGAUUCCCGAAUACCGACAGAUGUUGAGCAUCAAGAAAACGAACACAGCAGAAUACAACCAGAACGUGUUGAAAAAUCUGACACGUCCGACAGAAGAACCACUGGUACCCAUAAAGAAGGAGCUCUCAGAAGAGCUGGGGACCACCAGGACGCAGAACAUAUCGGACGAUGAAGACUCUAUGAUUGACAAUCUUAGUGAUCGGGUGGAGAAACCCAGUGAUCUUGAGGAGAAACCUCAAGACAGGUCUGUAUCAGACAGAGUCCUGAGGCGCAGAUAUCAGAAGGUGCUGUGCAACCAAUGUGGUAUGUAUAUCGAAGAGAAGAGCUUCAAGAACCACCUUAUAGAAGCCCAUCCUAGGCAGAAAACUAACUAUGUAUGUACUGACUGUGGUAAAGGGUUCAACUUUGAAAGUGGUUUAAUUCUUCACCGGGCUAAGCAUCAUGGUGGUAAACUACCUAAGAGGACAAUGAAAUCAGCAUCCCCACGUUCUGAUCCCAAAAGAAUAAAAAGUCACAUACAAAUGUGAAAUUAUCCUGUGAAGUUUGUGAAAAGACGUUUAAGCAUAUAACAUCUCUUUCUAUACACUUGGAGAAACACGCAUUGCCAGAGAUAUUUGAGUGUGGAAUAUGUGAUAGACCACUCGUUACCAAGGAAGCCUAUGAACAGCAUAAGGAAUUCCAUGAGGGUCUUAUGGCGAACCAGUGUUAUAUAUGUGAAAAAAUAUGUGUCCGAUCUGCAGUGUUCAAGGAGCACAUAAAGAAGCACACAUAUGAAGCUCAGUAUGAAUGUGAUAAAUGCUCAAAGAUAUACUUUGAGGCGACACAUCUUGCAGUCCACAUGGUGACUCAUGCCCAACAGGCUGGCAUCCAGUGCAGCAUCUGCAAGCUGAAGUUCUCCUGUAAGACGGACCAUGACCGUCAUGUGAAACAGCACGGAGAAGGAGAUGAACCCAAGAGAUGUGAAAUCUGUGGCCAGAGCUUUCCCACGAGGAGCCUUCUGAAGGGUCAUGUCAGCAUGGUUCAUCUAGGGAAGAAGGGUCAUCCGUGUAACAUUUGCGGUGAGGAGUUCUUCAAGUUGAAACACCUUCAGGCGCACCAUCGGGAUCACGCUGUCAAGAAGGUCAUCGUGUGUAACAUUUGUGGAGAGUCUUUUGGUCUGAGGUCUAGUUUGAGGACACAUAUGCGAGUUCAUCAGAAUGAUGUCAUCUAUAAAUGUGUCGUGUGUCCAAAGCAGGUUACAGAUAUGGAGGCUCUGAAGGCUCAUGUUGAUGCCCAUGCAGACGAGGAAUGUCUCGACUGCGCCGAGUGUGGGAUGCAGCUGGAAGACUGUGAUGAGGUGAUGGUGCACAUCCGGAAACACAGGGGUGGUCAGCUGACGAUGACAGAGGAAGAGUACAAGUCCAAGAAGAGACACGGAUGCUCUAGAGAUCCAGAGAACAGAGAACAGAAGGAGAGAGUGCCUGUGAAAUGUAGCACCUGUCAGAAGACCUUCCACUUUGUGUCCAGUCUACAGUCACAUAUGCGCAUCCACCAGACAGAUCAGCUCCUGAACUGCCAUAUCUGUCAUGAGGCGUGGCCAGGAGUCAAGGUGUUAAGAGAACACAUCAAGACCCACAAGAAUGACCUGAAGAAAAGCUCUGAAGGUUCUUGUGACACAGCUGACCCUUCCACUGAUCCCACUAAGUCCUCCGAGGUUGGGAAGAAGAAGAGGCAUCGUUGUGACAUCUGCCUUCAGAAGUUUGUGAGCUACUAUGGUUGUAAGACACACAGACUUCUCCACACAGGCGAGAAACCUUUCCGCUGUGAUGUGUGUGGUCAGAGCUAUGUCCUAGCAGGGUCACUGAAGGUCCACAUGCUGUCUCAUACAAACGAGAGGCCCCAUGUCUGUGAGAUAUGUGGAAAGAGCUUCAAACAGCCCUAUAUCCUCCGCGAGCAUCAGAUGUCCCACACGGGCAAGAAACCGUUUCUGUGUGAUCUCUGUGGCAAAAGUUUUGUUAACAAAAAGAAACUAAAGCUGCAUACUUUUGUACAUACCCGUGAGACUCCCUUCAACUGUAAAGUGUGUGGCAGAGGCUUCAGGGCCUUUGUGACAAGACAGAAGCACAAGUGUGAAGGCCGCACACCUCCACAAGGACCUUCUGCAGAUACUCCUGCAAUCAGUUCCAGGGACGUGGGACUUGUGGCUGCCGCAAGACCUCACACAGAGCAAGUACAGCUGACACAUGAGUAUCCUUCCUCGGUGCCGACCUUUGGAGACUUCGACUACACUUCAGUUCCAGGGCCGGAAUACAACGUCAGUACCCUUGGUUACAAACACUCUAAAGGGCAGCAGCUUUAUGGACAGGAUCCUUACCAACCAGCUCAUAGGUCAAUGGUUGGACAGAUAUUGCCCGUUUUGAAUCGUGAUUACAUGCCGCCAGUGUCUCGGUUCAUAGAUCCGAGGAACGCCCCUCUUCCGGUGCCCGCCCCCGUUCCUCAGCAACCACAACCACCACUGCACUGGCAAGGUUCGCCUCCUGGUGCGUCGUGCGGAGAAGGACUUCCGGAAGAGAGGGAACAUUGCCAUGACAACCAGCAAUUUCCGGUUGGGGCGACCAGGAUAAACUUUGGAUGGAAAAUGUCUGACGGAGAUGAGGGAACAAAGGAAACGCCAUUUUGCUAUUGUUCAGCAGAGAUCAUGCGUUUAGGGAUCAUUUCUAUAGCAUGCAUCGCCACGCCUUCAGAUAAAACUGACAGUCUACCAAACUACGAGGACGAUAUCCAAUGCCCAGUAUUUUCACGCAGUGAGAAGCAGAAGCUGCCGCUGCUGCUACUACUGCUGCUGGUGGUGGUGCUGGAGCUCGUGUCCAAGCCACUGUCAUCCUCGCCGGGGUACACGUAUCUGAAAUUAGCGUCCCCAGUAGCCCCGUCGUCCCUGGCGCAGGGCGUGGGAUACCCGUACCCAACCCUGACACUUGUCUUGGCCAGGCAGCGAUGGAGGGGCGUGUCAGAGAACGAGGAUGAACUGGAUGAGCUGGAGGACGUCCCAUCAGCUGAUAUGAGCAGAGAGUGGAUGUCGUCAGCUGAUGACAUGCUGCACAUGGCACCGUUAUGUAACUGGCCUUUCAGUCUCCUCAGAUCAUUCAGGGCUUUGUUGAUUGUGGCGUUUGUGGCCUUUCUGUGGAACAGUGUGCGGAGUAGACGGGUUUCCUCCAGGGACGGGUGCAGCAUGUACGUGACAGCGCGCCGGUCAUCAGACACCCAAGGGGAGAUAAACGCUGACUCGCUUCGGAAAGCAGAAGGGCGGAGCUUGGCCCUUACUGCAGGUGUUGGUCCUACAUACUAUGAGUACUUGGGCAUGCUGUCCCCCUCAUGGUACCGGUUCUGCUGGGAGGGGAGUCCAUGUGAGCAUAAUGAAUUGGGUCAGCUGCUGGUAGCAUCAGUGGCUGGCCUUGAGGUGUCAGUGGAGGAUGACCUGGAGCCACACCUGGAGGUGGCCCUUGAACUGCUUGAGCAGGAUCCGAUGAUGGCCCUGAAGGAAGGCCUUGCUGAAGUCCCUGUGGAGGUCCAUGAGGAAGCCCUGAAGGGAUUCCAACUGGAAUCGCUCGAAGCUCAACUCAUCCUUGAAAGUGAUACCACAGUACAUGCAGCGAUAGGGUUUGCCAUUUCGGUGCAGGCGGAGAUGGUUCUUCAGGAGGGAACUCUUGAUGAAAGUUUUCGGUGGUCCAGUUGUUGUGUCAGCUCUCCUUUCAUCAUGCCCAAGAGUCGACGAAAACGAGGCCAGCCAAAGGAUAGAACCAAGGUGAAGGACAAGCCUGUGACAAGUCAAGAAGAAACAUGUUUGGCUCUUCUGCAGUGUUCGUUUGUCCAGGCCACUGUGUCGGAUGCUGCAUUAGAGGUCAGCUUGAAGGUCGAGCCCGGAGUGACUGACUCCAACAGACACAUCUUCAGUGCAUUCAUUCAUGGAGAAGUCAAGUGCAGUGAUGUCUCUACAAAGAUUCUGCCAGUCGAGGUGUAUGAGAAUUGUGAUUGUGGAGAACAGAUGCAGAAGCAAGACACUGUAAUUAGUUUCACGCUGAUUGCUUCUGAUUUUAAGUCUGAAUGUAACAUCUGUCAUGACCAUGGAAACUUGACCAGUAGAUCAUGUGCCGACCUCGAGAGCUGUGACAAGUCUGAGAUGGUCAUUCCUAUGGACACGCAGUUGAAGGGCAAAGGUGAAGGUCAUGCACCUCCCAAAGACAUCUUUCCUGAAGAAGCAUUUACUCCUGGACAUGAAGCAACUGAAAAUGACCUUAUAACUGUAAGAACUAGUUUAUCUGAAAGGCCAAGGAGAUCUAGGACUAAAAUGAUAUAUAAAGAUUUUGAGAGUAUGUCAGACAGUGAAAGCAUGUUGGAUUAUGUAGCCAGUGGUGAUGGUGAUGUUGUUGAUGAUGUUGAAGACCGAGAAGGGGUUGGAGGAGCUGCUGGUGCCAGCAUGGGACGUCAUGGGGGUGGGAGGAGGAGGGUAAACACUGUAGGGGAGAGGAAAGGAAAGGCCAAGUCCUUGGGAGGAAAAUCUUAUAAAUGUAAAACAUGUGGCAAAGAUAAGUCAAAACUGACUGGAAAGGGUGAGAAGUGUCAUAGUGGAUGUAAAUAUGCCAGAUGUGAUCUAUGUGACAAACGCUUCAAAUCUUUGGAAAUGCUGAAAAAACAUGAAAAAACUCAUUCUUCAGAACUUACCUCUGUGUGUUCUGUCUGUGGUUCUUCCUUUCAGAGUGUGCAACAUUUAACAAGACACAUGAAAACUCAUAAGGCUUCCAAGGAGUUCAAAUGUGACACAUGUGGAAAAUCUUUUUCGGAUGCAUCCUCUCUGAGGGUUCACACUCGUGUCCAUACUGGUGAGCGACCCUAUCAGUGUGACACUUGUGGGAAGACGUACACAGAUUCCUCAGCCCUGCGCAAUCACAGGAAGUGCCACAGUAAGCAGAAGUUUAAGUGUGAUUCAUGUGACAAGACAUUCUCAUCCAAGAUGUCCUUGAGAAGCCAUCAGGGCAUUCACACAGGGCACCGACCUUUCACCUGUACUGUAUGUGGGAAAGGUUGUUUGACCAAUUCUCACUUAAAGAGACAUGCAAGGCUCCAUACAGGGGUUCGGUCACAUAAAUGUGACUCCUGUCCGAAGGCGUUCUUUGAUUUAAGAGAUUUGAGUGUUCAUCGCCGUGUCCACACAGGUGACAAACCCUUUAGCUGUACUAUGUGUGACAAGACGUUCACAAUGGGGAGCUCCCUGAAGAAGCAUAUACUUCUCCACAGUGAGUUGAAGCCGUUCAAGUGUGAUGUUUGUGACAAAGAGUGUGUGACGGAACUGCAGUACCGCUGUCACAUGAAGAUACACAGUGAUGACAAGAAGUUUAUCUGUGAGUUGUGCGGCAAACGGUUUCUCACAGCAAGCAAUCUCCGUUCCCAUGACAUCACCCACAAGGGUUACAAGCAGCACAAGUGCGACCAGUGUGGGAAGAGUUACCGCAGUGCAUGGUACCUGCAGAUCCACAGGAAGACCCACACAGGGGAGAACCUGAUCCAGUGUCACUCGUGCGGUGACUGGUUCAUCGAUCCCUCCUACUUCAAGCUGCAUCAGCGGAAGUACUGUAAGGGGAGGCUGGAGUACUGCAGUGUGUGUGGCCGGGGAUUCCCCACCAACCGUGACCUCACAAGCCACAUGGGCAUUCAUACAGGUGAAAGACCGUUUGGCUGUGAAACCUGUGGCAAGGGUUUUGCUAAGCCUGAAGCUUUAUCAGAACAUGUGAAACGGCACACUCUGGAGAACUGUGUCCGAUGCAAAGUGUGCAGCAAACCCUUCAUUAAUACAAACGAAUUGCGGAAACAUGAAGUCCGACAUGGAAAAGUCAAGCUUCGAGCAACACUUCCUGAUAAUCUGAAACCAGGCAACAGAGAUAUUGACAUGCCACAGACAGAGCCAGAUUGGGAGCCAUGUGACAGUGACUUGGAGCCGAGCACAACAGCAGAGCAGCAGUUAUCUGGUGAUGCAAGACCCAUGGCACAGAGCACUAUAGCUGAUGGGAGACCUUCCGCCUUUACUGAGACCACUGACUAUAAUACAGGGCAUAUAUCACAUGCACCAUCUGUUCAAGAUACAGGACAUAUAUCACAUGCACCCUCAGCUCAUGAUACAGGGCAUAUAUCACAUGCACCCUCAGCUCAUGAUACAGGGCAUUUAUCACAUGCACCCUCAGCUCAUGAUACAGGGCAUUUAUCACAUGCACCCUCAGCUCAUGAUACAGGGCAUUUAUCACAUGCACCCGCAGCUCAUGAUACAGGGCAUUUAUCACAUGCACCCUCAGCUCAUGAUACAGGGCAUUUAUCACAUGCACCCACAGCUCAUGAUACAGGGCAUUUAUCACAUGCACCCUCAGCUCAUGAUACAGGAACAGAUGGGGACUACAACGAACCUCCCUCCCACCUGAAGCCGGUGGAUCCCAGCAUGACGUCCUCUGUAGGCGGCCAUGACGGUGGUCUGUACUCCAGCAGCCUGUCCAGUAUACACCAGGCAGACAUGAUGCUGUCAAGGGGGGACCACUCCGCCAUGAUGGUGAAUGACCAGGGUCAGAUUGUGUAUGACGGACAACAUUAUGCCAUGUGUGAGAUGCAGGACAAUUCCUGA